GUUCAAAGGCGCCGUUAGGUUCUACUUCUUUACUUUGUUUUUGAGAGGAGCUAGGGUUAGGGUUCUCUCUCUCUCUCUCUCUCUCCGAUUUCCGAUUGGGUUGCCGUCGAUUUGCGGCUGAGAUCCAACUGCGAUUUCCCGGCCUGCUCUGUUGAUUAUAUAGGACCUUCGAUUUUCCGGACAAAUAGAUGUCUCGGUGCUUCCCCUAUACGCCUCCAGGGUACGUUAAGAGCGGAGCCCGCGGUGGUGAAGGAUCGAUCGGAUCGAUUAAGCUCCAGAAGGAAAAAACCAAGACUGAUUCAGAAAGGAGAAAGGAAAAGAAACAGCUAAAGAAGGAGCAAAAGGAACUCCUGAGGAAACAAACGGAUGUACAUCAUGGCAAAUCCAAGAAACUCAGCGACAAGAAAUCCUUACAUGACGAGAACAUGUAUCCUUCAGCUUGCAUCGCGAAUCUUAGCGAUGACUCAUCUAGAAGUGGGCUGUCAGAAGAGCAUGACCAACCCGUGCCUGAGAACCACUUCUACCUCUCCGAUGGGACUGACAGCAGCAAGAAACGAAAGUUGGAUGCCCCAAGUCUUACCACAGUACAGAGUGGAAACAAGAUUCGAAUUCGCUUCAACUUAAAACGACACAAUAAUCCCGAAGCACCUCUUGGGCAAGAACCUUCGUGCUCGACUUCUACCUCUGCACAGGUUGAUCCUCUUGUGCAUCGUCAGUGCAAGACUAUCAUUACCCAUGUUGAGGCUGAUGCUCUAGUUCAUCCUCCAUGUAAGACUAUCAAUACCCACGUCCAGGAGAAGUCUGCCCCCACUGCCAACCUAAAGUUGACAAUAGGAAGAAGGGAUGUUCCUACCGAACACAAGAAAGAGGAGUCAUCUAUUGAGUCCCUGUACAAAGCUCUCCUCGGGGACUGGUCUGCACCUCCUAUUUCUACAGAGCGGGAAGACCCGGAUGAUCAGGAAUGGCUCUUCGGGACGAAGCGGCAAGAGAAAUCUCCCAAGAGAUUGAAGUCAGAAACUCUUGCUGAUGCAUCAUGUCCGAUCAAGAAUGGCGAUUUGUGGCCUAGAGCUCAUUACCUGCCUGAUGUAGAGAUUUUUGCCUUACCGUAUACUGUCCCAUUUUGAUUUUUUUGUUUUUCUCAAACAAUUCACUGCGGCUCUGUACAUAUGAAAUGAGAAACAAUUUUUUGACAUAUAAA